AUGACCGACAGACAUAUGCCUCAACCUAACUACGAGAGUUCCCAGACGAAGUCAAGACGUGAGGGUGAGCGUCCGCUUGAGCUAUACAAAAACAGCCAGGCGGUAUUCGAACAUAAUACUCAGCCCAGAGAAGGCGAACACAACCUCCAAAAUAAACUUGCCGACAUGUUGCGAUCUGAGGGCUGGAUUUGCAUACCCCCUUCAAUCAACUCAGCCAUUGCCAGGCCCGAGAACCCCGAGAGGAGAGUCUUUGAACCGUGUUUUAACCCGGAAAAUCAUUCCAACCCACGAGCUUCCCAGCAAGCUAGACAAAAGCCGAAUCAGAAAAACACCGCUGGAGGAGAAAUGGAACGGGUGCUGACUUCGACCGGAAACGCAAUGUCCAUAAAUAGUCUCGUUGAAACUCAUACGCCAGUCGAAGGACAUCAAGACAACAUGACAAUGCAGCCCAUGACCAAUAUUAAAGCUUCGCGAGGGCGAGUUUGCUACGGUACACAACUAACGACAGGAGACCAAGGUCAUAGCCUCGCGAGCGUUGCUGAAAGACUAGCUACAUCUUCCAUCCCCCUCAAACGCCAGAACUUCUUUGCAAUGACUUUCAAUGGUCACUUAGUUGUAUUUUGUACACAACCACCCGAGGUCAAUAUGAAUGAUCUCUUCUUGUUAGGUUCCAUUCCAUUAUGCCGGCUUCGCCGCUGGAAACGGAAUUACAGCAGUAAUUCGAGGUUCCAGGGCGGUCGCGGCAUUUUUGCGGGCACUUACAUGCAACCGAACGAAGCAGAAGCAUGCUGCAUUAGUGUUAAAGCGGGUGCAGAUGUGGAAAAAGCACUUCAAAGUAUCAAAUCCGAAAUCGAAAAAAGGAGUCCCGAGUAG